ACGCUUGCCCGGUAGUGACGCAAAAAUGGCGUGCUCCGUUACCCGGCUCAGUACACGCUGGUUAGCGACAUCAGUUUCUUAUGGACAAUUCAGCGCCCGUUUUCUUGUUGUUCCUACCAGACAUGGGGGAGUGUGUCAGGCAACAGCCUGGCAGGCACACCGGGGAGGGCUAGCGGUCAGCCUGAGCUCCUGGGCUCGCGUACAUCUGGUGACAUUGAGAGGACUGUCAGGGGUGAGAUUCCCCCUUGGAAAUGGCCGUCGUGCUUUUCACUCCAGCUGCAGGCUGGGAAACAAACAGGACUUCUAUGAAGUCCUUGGUGUCUCCCGCACUGCUACGCAGAAGGACAUCAAAAAGGCUUACUAUCAGUUGGCUAAGAAGUACCACCCUGACACCAACCCGGAUGACCCUGAGGCCAAAGAGAAGUUUGCCAAGCUGGCCGAAGCCUAUGAGGUUUUAAGUGACGAGGUGAAGAGGAAGCAGUAUGACACGUACGGAACCGCUGGCUUUGACCCGAACCGGGCUGGGGCUGGCCAACAGCAGUACUACAGAGCAGGUGGAACAAGUAUAGAUCCAGAAGAGCUCUUCCGGAAGAUCUUCGGAGAGUUCACAGGAGGCAUGGGCUUCGGAAACAUCAACAACAUGUUUGACCAAAGGCCUGAGUUUGUGAUGGAGCUCACGUUUUCUGAAGCAGCAAAGGGUGUAAAUAAGGAGCUGACUGUGAACCUUGACGACAACUGCCCAAGAUGUUAUGGAAAGGGUAACGAGCCUGGCACCAGGGUGUCUCAGUGUUCCUACUGCAACGGCACGGGCAUGGAGACCAUGAACACGGGUCCUUUCAUGAUGCGCACUACAUGCCGGCGGUGUGGCGGAAAGGGGUCCAUCAUUAACACGCCCUGCGCGCUGUGCCGAGGAUCUGGUCAGACCAAGAACAGACAGACGGUCAGCGUACCGGUACCUGCAGGCGUGGAUAACGGUCAGACAGUGCGCAUGUCAGUUGGGACAAAAGAAAUUCUCAUCACGUUCAGGGUUCAGAAGAGCCCCGUGUUUAGAAGAAAUGGAGUUGACAUCCACUCUGAUGCAUUCAUCUCCAUCGCCCAGGCCAUCCUGGGAGGCACCGCUACAGCACAGGGUCUCUAUGACACCAUCAGUAUGGCAAUUCCGUCUGGUUGCCAGGCAGAUCAGGUCAUCCGGCUGCAGGGGAAAGGCAUUCGGAGGAUGAACAGCUACAGUUACGGAGACCAUUAUGUUCACAUCAAGAUCAGAGUGCCAAAGAAGUUAACUCGAAGGCAGCGCUCUUUGUUGUUGAGUUACGCAGAGGAAGAGACAGAUGUUCAGGGCUCUGUCAACGGUGUGAGUCCCUCAGCAGGAGGGGGCAGCAGCACCUCAGCUAACACUCAGUUGCAGAUGAAACCACAAAAAUCCUCUGACCGGGCCGCCGCGCUUCCUGCUUGGGAAAUUGAGCGAAGAAAGGAAGAAGGAGGGCGAGUAGUGUUUGUGUAGACACGGGGAAACGUCGUUGAGGCUGGUGCUGGCAGAAAGGCCAUGUAGGUGCCAGGCUCAUCCACACACCCACUGACCAUACACCGCAGGCUGGCUGAAGGACUCCAGAGACGCUUACAAAAACAUUCUGGGAGGGAGCGCUGCACCAAAAGUAACUCUUUUAAAACCAUGUUAAAUCAACCCUUUCAAACGAGAGACACAAAUCUAUGAGACUGAAAAGAUUAAAGCAGACUCUCUAAAGUGAUUGAAGUUGGAUUCGAAUAAGCUAUUAGAAUGGAAGUAAAUUAUAGCUCUACUUUUUCCAUUGAUAUUCCCACAUGUGUUUUGGAGUGUUAUUAUAAGGCCUUUAAAACUGUAUAACUUAAUCAUAAUUAUGCUUGGAAAGCAGUUUUACUGGUAAUGCAUUCAGUUGUCUGAGAGUUGAAUCAACCCAGUGAUUACAUCGCUCUGUUUUAUUCAGCUUUAACACCAAGGAAGAAAAACUAAAUCACCAGCAGGUUCAGAAAAGUGUUGGAGCACUUUAUAGCGUCCGGGUGAGGGAAGUUACCCUUCGUCCUUAAAAGGAUGUUGGUAGACAUGUAAUAGAUAACUGUUUCUGUUGUUUUCUGCUUUUUUAAACGUUUGUCCUGACGCACUGAUGCUUCACAGUGUUCCCACAGAGUGCACGCCUCUCAGAUCUGAACUCAUUUCAACAGGUUACUGUUAGUGGAGUUUUACUGGGGUCACAUCUGGCUGUUUGAAUAUGGGGGUGUGUCCCGUAAACCCAC